UGGACGCGCUGCUGACCGCACCGGCGCCGGCGAGGCCCCCGCGGCGACCGCGACGCACGCGGCCCGAGACUCCAGCCUCCUCCAACGACACCGUCGGCGGGCCCGAGGACGGCGCGCCGCCGCCGGCCCGGGCGGGGCCGAGGGGCGGCAUCCUACGGGGCGCCUCGCUGUCCGCGCCGCUCGCCGACGAGUCCCUCGGGCUGCUGCUCCUGCGCGCCCUGCAGCGCCACGGCGAGAGGGCGGCCCUGGUCGACGCCGUCACGGCGGAAGGCAUGACCUACAAGGACCUGGUGCACGAGUCGGUGACCCUCGCGCGCGCGCUCCGCACCCUGAUGAAGGACAUCCGGGCCAAGACAGAGAGUACGCGGGCUUCAGACGCGGGCAUCGCAGGAGACGACUCCGUGGUGGGCGUGUUUGUGGAGAACAGAAAGGAGCUUCUGCCGUCGCUGCUCGCCAACCUACUGCUCGGUGUACCCGUGACCAUGCUCAACCCGCUGUCAAACACGGGCGAGCUGGUUCGGGCGUGGACGUCAACCAGGCCCAGCUUGGCGCUCUGCUCGUGGGGGACUCUUGCCGCGGUGCUCGAGGCGUCCGUAUCCCUCCCCUCUCUCACCCAGGUCGUCGUCUUCCCCAGCGGCAACCCCGAGGCCGACGCUCGGGAGGCCGCUGCCGCCAACGCUGCCCGCCGGGGCAAGUCCUCGGCCCUGCGCGUUGCAGCUUACGCGGAGCUGCUGAAGAGAACCUCGAAGGAGUCACUGGACAGCGCUGAGGACCUCGCGAACGCCGUCGGCGACGUUCUCCGGCCCUUGCGGAGUGACACGCACACCGCCUACCUGCUGCAGUGCGGGCGCGGCGGGCGCAUCGCCCGGCUCACCCACCGCAACCUCCAGUACACCGUGCAGCUGCUGCAAGAGCCGGACGCCGCCGGCUACGGCUGGACCGCAGACGACGUGCUGCUCCUGGGCGCGCCGCUUUCGCACGCGUUCGGCCUCGGAAUCUGCCUAGGAGCGCUCGCCCUCGGCCUCAAGGUGGUCAUCAUGCCGUACUUCAGGGAGCAGCUGUUCCUCAGCGCGGUGCAAGCGCACAAGGUGUCGCAGCUCGUGCUGGUGCCCCGGCAGGCCGCUCUGCUGGCGCACAGCCCGCUGCUGGAGGACGCCGCCGUGCUGGCGCCGCGGGGGCUGCGGGGCGUGGUGUGCGCCGCGGCGCCGCUGCCGCGCGCCCUGCACCGAGACCUGACGCGCCGCCUGGCCGCGCCAUGCCGCCAGGCCUACGGGCUGACGCAGGCCUCCUGCUCGCUGCUCGUCGCCCCCCGGGGUGCGCCACCGGACACCCAGGGGAGGGUAGUGCCCGGCGCCGAGGCCAAGGUGGUGGACGCGGGCACGGGCGCGCCCCUGGGGCCGCUCCAGGUCGGGGAGCUGUACCUGCGCGCGCCCUCCAUCAUGGCGGGGUACGUGGACUACGCCCGCGCCCAGGCGACGCAGGACGACGACGACGACCAGGUCGUCGGGGGAUGGCUGCGCACCGGCGACCUGGCGUACUACGACCGCAACGAGUGCGUGUUUGUGGUGGACCGACUCAAGGAUGUGACGAUGUACACGCGCGGCCAUUUCAAGGAGUUCGACGGCGAGCACGAGUGACGGGCAAGCACUUCAUCAACAACCGUUAUUACCAAAGUGUUGUAUUUCAUCAAAACAGCUUCAAACAUAUGACGUUGUAAUAAAUAAUAAAGACAAUAAAUAAAUAGUUCAAUAAAUACUUAAUAUCUAGUUCAUAAAGCUAAAA